AUGGGCGUGCUUCCGCACCUGACGUUGGCUCCGUUUGGGCUCGAUCUGCAUUGCUCAAGCUCCGCGGCCGCGGCAUCGACGAUCCGACAAGGUCCCGCACGCGUGGGACGUUCAGAUCAGAGCGAGCAGUUCUCGAUGAACACGCUGCAAGGGGCCAAGACCGAUACGACAUUUCCCCUUCCCAGUAUCAGUGCACUGAUGCCUAUUGCAGAUCCAUCCGGGUUGCAUGUUGUGAAGACGACGACGACGGAUAGCCGCUGCCCACCAGAAAACAACACGACCGACGGCUGCACCUUUGUCAUCACCGAGUCCAGCGUGUACAACUCCGAGGCAUCCUGA